AUAUUUAGAGUGCUCUGUAUUUAAAUUUGUAGGUCUGUUCCCAUUAUCAUGACUCAUCAAUGUCUGCAAAGAUAUGGAAAGUCUCUUGUGUUGAGGGUUUCUACAUCCAGAUACUGGAAACGAUAUAUAACCUCAUAUUUAGUAGAUAAUGAACCUUUCAUUAAUUAUGAAGAACACAGAAGAAAGAUGCAAAAUUUCACUGUUCCUCAAUACUUCAAUUUUGCAAAAGAUGUAGUUGAUUUCUGGGCUUCUGAGAAUAGUCCCAAAAGUGCCUCUUCUCCUGCCCUGUGGUGGAUUGACGAUGAAGGACAAGAGAUGAAGUUCAAUUUUCAACAAAUAUCCAAUGAAAGCAAAAGGUUGGCUAAUGUAUUAACCAAUCACUGUGGGCUGAAGAAAGGUGAUAUACUGAUUGUCAUUCUACCAAGAAUCCCAGAAUGGUGGUUUAUAUACAUUGCUGCAAUCAGAGCAGGUCUGAUAGUCAGUUCUGGGACCACACAGCUUAGACCAAAAGAUAUUGAACUCAGAAUGAAGUCGUCUGGAGCUAAGUGUAUUAUUACAGACCAGUCCAGUGUCCAAAAUGUUGAGGAGGUCAUCAGUCUCUGUGCAGGGGUCCAGAGCAAGAUAUAUAUAGGGCACAAAUCUGAUACCCUACCAGGUUGGAAAAAUUAUGGUGAAAUAAUGGCAAACUCAACAGAGGAUUUUCAGACAGUGAAAUCUAAAUCUGAUGAACCAAUGACCCUGUAUUUCACCAGUGGAACAACAGGUGCCCCUAAAAUGGCUGAACAUACACAUGGCAGUCUGGGGUUUGGACACUUCAUAACGGCUAGGUACAUGCUGAAUGUUUCUCAUGAUGAUGUUGUUUGGAAUAUAUCAGACACUGGAUGGGCUAAAGCAGGCUAUAGCAGCCUAUUUGCAACAUGGCUUAGAGGGGCAUGUGUGUUUGCACAUCAGACUAACAAAUUUGAUGCAAAAGCAUUUUUGGAGAUUCUGGACAGAAAUCGAGCCAUCAGCUGUUUUUGUGUUCCUCCCACUGCCCUAAGGCUAAUUGUGAAGGAGGACUUGUCCAGGUACACUCACCUCUGCAAUGUCAAGUGCCUGAGUGCAGGGGAACCUGUUAAUCCUGAGCUUCUGGAGGAGUGGGAGGAGGGGACAGGAGGGACUGUGUAUGAAGCUUAUGGCCAAAGUGAAACAGUAUUUCUAUGUGGCACAUACCCUUGUAUCAAAAUUAAACCUGGUUCAAUGGGGAGGGCUGCACCUGGGAUAGAUCUAGAGAUUGUUGAUGAUGAAGGCAAAAUUCUGCCAAACAAUGUUGAAGGUAACAUUGGACUGCGAGUAAAGCCUCAUCGACCAGUAGGUCUCUUCACAAGAUAUGUGGAUGAUGAGAGCAGGACCAGAUCUGUUUACCAGGGUGAAUUCUACAUGACAGGGGACAAGGCCAUUAGGGAUGAUGAAGGUUAUUUCUGGUUUGUUGGCAGAGCAGAUGAUAUCAUUCUAACAUCUGGUUACAGGAUUGGUCCAUUUGAAGUAGAGAGUGCUCUAAUUGAACACCCAGCUGUUUUGGAAUCAGCUGUUGUCAGCAGUCCUGAUCCCACCAGAGGGGAGGUCGUGAAAGCAUUUGUAAUAAGAACUGAGCAUUACAAAGCAAGAGAUGAGAGUGAACUGAGAAAGGAACUGCAGGAACAUGUCAAAUCAAUCACAGCCCCAUACAAGUACCCAAGAAAGAUUGACUUUGUCGAUGAGCUACCUAAAACAGUGAGUGGAAAAAUCCGCAGAGUUGAGCUUCGAAACAGAGAAUGGGGAAGAGAUUAAAUGACAUUAAAGUCCUGAAUGUCAGCAAAAGAUUUGUAAAAAAAAUUUUUAUGCUGACACAUUUAAGUGGGUUUCAGAUCAUCUUAUGACCUUACAAGUGGUUUCCAAUAGGCAUUAAAAUGCAUGUACAUGCAGUUGCAAUGAAUUCAUUGGCACUUUGAUUGUUAAUGUUCCAUGAAUAGUUGUAUCCCUUUGGAACAUAAAGUUCACUAAACUAAUAAUGAAGAGCAUAUAACCAGAUACAUUUCAACCAGUAAACAAUUUCAUUUUUUUUUCUCUCCCUCUCUAUAUAUAUUAUACACCUAUUUACUGGCUAUGAGGACAAUAGCAAGUUUAUCGUUCCCCAAGACAGCAA